AUGGACGAAGAGGCCGUUGCUGACGGCGCUUUCGCCGACAAUGGCACCUGUAUUUAUUGGGGCACCGACUACAUCGAGGGAAAGAUCUGGUUGAUUGGAAUGUUCGGGACCACAGUCGCCCUAACCUCCAUCAUUCUCAAUUUCUUCCUCUGCAUCGUCUAUCUGUAUACACCGUCACUGGCAAAAUCAGCCGUGCUCUAUUUUGGAGUGAUUGCCGUCGUCGAUAUCAUCAUGGGAUUUAAUUAUAUCGCUGCGAUGAGUGUACCGGUAUUCAUCGAUUACUACGGUCUCCUAUGGCUGUACCACGUCUUUGUGAGCUGUGUAGUGGCAGUUGUAUGCGAAUCGAAUUGCGCGCUAUUCUCCUCAUCACUUCUCAUCCUGUUGGCUACCACAGAACGAUUGCUACGAACAUUUCAAGUCAAGACGACAACGCAUUUGAGGAGAUUCGUGGAGAAGAAUCGAGUAGGGCUGUGUGCCGGCUGCAUCCUCGUCGCCGUCGCCUACAAAUUGCCCACGUAUUUUGAGCUCGACGUCACCGAGCAUUUGCAUUGUGGAGUCGAGGAGUUCAGCCGGUUCGAGAUCGUGGCCACCCCUCUAGUACGAAACGAGAUCUACCGUAAGCUGUUCAUGUUCUGGACCCGAUUCAUCGUGGACCGGAUCUCCCCCUUUAUCCUCCUCGUCCUCAUGAAUUUCAAGAUCAUUACGGCCUUAAAACAGCAAACAUUCACCCCGAAAAAGACGGUCUUCAUGCCGAGCUCAUCAACAAAGUGUAGCCGCCGGAAUAUUCGGGACGCAACCCGCACCCUAAUCAUCAUGGUCUCCCUCUACAUCGUCUCCCAGGCCCCGCAGAUGAUCAUCAGCAUCAGCGAGUUCAGCACGCCGAAUUUGGACGAGAAAUUGAGAGAUGAUGAAGGCUUGCAUCAACUUUAUUCGUAUGCUAAUGAUAUCUGCAGUAUCUGCUCGUUACUCUCCAGUUGCCUACGCUUCCCGGUGUACCUGGCCAACAAUCGACAGAUCAACGAUGCAUCCCGUGCCACUUUCCGUUAUUUCUGUGGCUAUUGGAGGGCCGAGAAGAAACCGAAGGACUAUCGACCUAUUAGUGCGCCCACGGCUAGUUUGACCGCGGGGAAAGCGCCCAGCAAAAAGACUUCGGGCGGGCCUCGAGGCGUCAAACUGGCCGAAGAUCCGCUAAAUCCGGAUGCGCCGGAAAGUAUGGCAAAUAAACCGACAGAUGUCGAGAAUACCGACAGCACUUCGAAUUAUUCGGCCACAUACGAGUAUCAUCUCAAUGAGUAUCGCUUA